CGCACGCAACAACGUACGGAAAAGAAACCCCCCCCCCCCGCCAUCCCCGCUGUCAGCCAUAUCACCUGCUCCACCCCUUGGUCGACUCUAGUCCACGCUAUCCUCUCUCCACCCUCUGUCCCCGUUCAUUUAUCCACCCUUUCCCACCCCUCAACCCACCCCGUUCACACUCCCUUGUUGAAGCGUUGGCAUUUCUGCCGCCCACACACCACAAGCCCCAAUAUUACACAUACCUAGAAUCGAACCCCCAUCCCUUGCCCUCCCUUUCUUGAUAUCAACUGCUAUCAUAUCACUUCUCCCCCCGUCCUUUUGAAGGUCUCGUGGCCCACUCUCCCCCCCUCCUGACCCGGCACUCUUUCCUUUACUGGCACUCCCGGAUUCGUCUUCUUCCCAAAAGUUUGCUUUCUGGUUGUUUGAUUCAUUCGUUCCUUUGUUGUAUUUCCUUGGGUCCUUGAUAGGAAACCCUUCCUUUCUUUGGUUCAAAACAAAAUAUGCCCGGUACCCCUGUUGCUUCGCCAUCCCGGCCAAGGUCGGCACUCAAGCGUCUGCCGUCGUACAAAUCCCUUUCCUUCUCCACCAGCAAGCUUUCUCUCUCACACGUCACGCCCGACCCUGCGAAUCGCUGCCCACCAAACAAAACCGAUGGCUCCUCGAGGAUAGAGAACUUUUGUUCUCACCCCAUCAAGAGCACCAGCAGCGGUGUUCGAAGGCUCCUGCGAAAGGCUUCCCACUCACUUCGCUUUACGCACUGCAAUGAUACAUUGGACGGUAUGAAGGGAGACAAGUGUCCCGGUACGCUGGGGGAUGGCGAGAGUGGUAUUGUUAUAGAUGACAGGGACAAUGAUUGCUUCUAUGCCAUUGAUACUACGGUCGCCAGGAAAGGUCCGUGUAGUUCGAGAAUUCUUCGGGGCCUCCCCUCUGUUUGGCGGUUCGUCGCUGAUCGUAUUGCUGUCGGUAGAUUUCGUCAAAUUCCUUCCCCCCGAGAUCACUGCCCAUAUCUUCUCCUUCCUAGACCACCAGAGCUUGGUAAAUUGCGAACCGGUAUCCCGCGCCUGGAUGGCAGCUGCGCGCGAUCGUCAUGUGUGGCGCAAUGUCUUCCGCGCUGAGCACGGUCCGUGGAAGUCGAAGCCCGGGAAUGAUUGGAAGAGGAUGUUCAAGGUCAGACAGGAGCUUAAUCUUAGGUGGACGCAGGGGCGUGUUACCGCAAAAUAUCUCAAGGGGCAUACCGACAGCAUCUAUUGCGUGCAGUUUGAUGAGUAAGUUGCGAUGUGGAGCUUUUUGCAGCUUCGGAUUGGCUGACCCCUUGGUGUUACAGUAAAAAGAUUAUCACUGGUUCGAGGGAUAAAACUAUCAGGAUCUGGGAUAUUGGCACCGGGGAAUGCAUCAGGGUCCUCGGCCAGGGCUCCCGUUCGUUAUCACCGCUACAUAUUGCGAACGGGGACAAUGCGACACCACGUAUGAGCUCCCCGGACCAUCAUAGGGCAUCGGUCCUUUGCCUGCAGUUUGAUGAUGAGAUACUCGUUUCUGGAUCAUCCGACUACACAUGCAUAGUUUGGUCUGUGCACACUUACAUGCCGUUGAUGCGACUUGCACACCACACUGCCGGUGUGCUCGACGUGUGUUUUGAUAAGAAAUACAUCGUUUCGUGCUCCAAGGACACCUCCGUUUGCAUAUGGGAUCGCAAGACGGGGAGGUUGUUCCGCCAGCUUACUGGGCAUCGAGGACCGGUGAACGCGGUUGCCAUUCGCGGAAAUUUGAUAGUCAGCGCUUCGGGUGAUGCCUUGAUUAAACUGUGGAAUGUGGAUACUGGAAAAUGUAUCCGGGAUUUCACUGGCCACAAUAGGGGCUUGGCGUGUGUUCAGUUCAGCGAGGAUGCCAGGACAAUCGUUAGUGGUGGUAACGACCAGGAUAUCAGGAUUUGGGAUGCUGCUAGUGGGGAAUGUAUCAAGACCUUGGUGGGACAUCAGUCUCUGGUUCGCACGCUGCACCUGGACUCCAGGAACAGGCGGAUUAUCUCGGGGUCUUACGACCAGGUAUAUUAUCUCCCAAUAUUGCCCGUUAGUACCCGUAUCCGAUGUUAACCGGUGAAACAGAGCGUAAAGGUUUGGGACCUAAGUUCUGGGAAGCUUGUCCUCGACAUCCAGCGGUUUCACUCUACCUGGAUUUUGUCUGCGAAGGCCGAUUAUAGGAGGAUCAUCAGCACCAGCCAGGACAACCGUACCCUGAUGCUUGAUUUCACCACUGGAAUGAAAGACCUUGAAGUCUUGGAGUAGUCAGCCACCACCCAAGAUGUAACCGUCGAAUGCGCGCUGCCGAGACACAGACGCGACGGAAAACGUGGAGUGUAUGAUGCAAUGUUUAGUCUCCUUUGUCGGUUUCUAUAUCCGGUUUUUUAUUACUUGUUUCUUCAGGCUCCCUUUUUUCCGCCAACUGGAGCCCUCGAUCAUAGAUUUACUCCCGGAAGAGGGUCAGUUGGUUAUGGCGAUUGGUGUGGUGUCAACUGUGCUUGCCUAUUUUCUCUCUACUAUCCGCUGUUUCAAUACCGAUCUUCCUUCUCUUUUUUUUAACGUCCCAAGUCGGGACAGGGGCGUACCGGGUCGUUUUCUUUUUGAUAUUUUCUUUCUCAUUUUCUUUUCUGGUUCCGGUGGGCGGGAGGUAGCUUUGAUAUCUUUUAUUUGGCAAUUGUUCUAUCACAGUUUUUAUCCUCCCUUUUCUGAAAUUCCUGUCUAUUAAACUCUUGUUCCUUGCUACUUGCGCCCAUUUUUUCUUGAUUGUAUCUCCUUUCAUGAAUCUGGUGGAAUUAGAAAACGGAGAUAGAGAUUAUUCUUUCACUUUUUUUCUUUUUUCCUUUCACCCUUUUUAAUUGGACCCUUCCUUUUGUGCUUUUAACCUACAGCGCUUGUAGUAUCUGGUGGUUGGCUUUUCUCAUUUUUGUCCUGGCUUUCAUAUUUUUAAUUCCUUUAUACACCUAUUUGGCGGGGUCCGGUGUGGUUUGGACUGUUGGUUGGUGUGGUAUGACUUUAUUCGGCAAGCGGCAUCGGUAUACUGCGGCGGGGUGGCAUAUACACUUGUUUAAUGGUUAACCUGAGAGAUAUCGUAUUACAAGCCUGUUGCCGCAAAGCGAGAAAACUCGUAGGAGAAAGCGAGGCUGCGAAGCUGCGAGGGCGAGUGAUGGGUUGUGAUUUGUGAUGUGAUUGGAGUGCGGUAUGGUUCUCCCUGCGCAGGUUGACUUUGGUAUGUAUCAGAUGCGCACCUGCCCAGGUAAACCUUAAACACGCUUCCCAUACAGCAUCUGUCUUAACGAUGGCAUUAAUGCGCGUCCCCCACCCGAUCCCGAGCCAGAUUUCGGGCUCUAACCUCCAAUGCACGGGACCUCAUCGUACGAGUCGCGACCGUCACUCAUCCUAUGGCGGGGUCAGUGAUCAUAUCACCAUACCAAAAAAGGAAAAAGCCAACCUAUCAUAGUCGGAAAACGUUAUUAGGUAUCGUAUUUAUCUAAGAAACCCUAUGCCCUAAC